GAACAUGUUGCGCAGUUAAUGGGGAGUCAGUCAGUAGGAUUCUAGAAAAAUGGUCAAAUAGCCAUGCGCUACAAACACUGUAUGAAAGAAAAGGCACGUUAUAUCCUAUGAAAUGUGGGCUAAGCAGAGUCAAACAACUUACAAUCAACUUUUGGAACAGCGAUGGAGGAAAGUGCAACAACAACGACUCCAUUUACCAAUGCCAAUUGGCUUCCUGCAAAGUGCCACCACCAUGGCCGUGUCCCAAGCAGUGGAGGCUUACAAACAGAACAAAGAGAAAGGGAGACUCGUGCGCAGCCCAUCACCAGAGCCACAGAUUCCUCCAAGUAUGCAAAGUGAAGCUCGGAAGCAAAGAAUGAAUUAUAUAUUCUUGAAGCAGUGUGUAGAAAGCCGCCCAGUCAUUCCAAUCCCACAGGAGUGGUUGGACUCUAUGGAUGGUCAACUCCCUCCUCAACUAAAAGACAGCCCUCAGAAAAACAAACUCUUGCACCAGCUCCUCACGGAAGUCAGCGACAAUUUCUACGAUGUUGUCAUCAAACAAACAGUGGACACGUUCCUGAAGGAUCCAGAAUGUGAAAAACCUCCUCCGGAAAAGAAGACAUCUCUUCCAUUUGACUUUCUUGAAUAUUCCCAAUCACGGCGCAAGAGCUUUGUCACCAACCGGAACCUGAUGAAAGUGAAUUUGCACAUUCUACAUCCCGUAAUGCAAGUUAUUUUGGAAAUUGGAUAUGCGACCUUUUCUUCAAUGACCUUGGUGAAUCUCACCGGGUAUAGGGCUUUGGGACCUGUGGCUAGCAAAGAGUUGCAUAAAGAGAUGGCUGCCAAAUGUGAGACAGCAGAGGAACAAAUCAUGAAUAACUGGUUCCCGAAAGUCAUCAAUGUAUUAACAAGUCCAAAAACACUGGGCUCAGUUAAAGAAGAUGUGAUGGAGGCCUUCUUUGAUUGCGCGUGCACCCUCAUUUCCAAUCAGCUGAAAUCGCUUAUUCAGAGAAGCGUGGAGGCCUUCGUGUACCCAUUUCAUCCAGACAACUACAACUUCUUACCCAUUUUUCAUAUGUCCCUGACGUUUAAUGAGGAGAAAAUGGGAAUAUACCCCACCUUGCAGGAACUUGAAGACGAUAUUUUUGAAAUUCUUAAUGCCAUUACAAACACAUUGCAGAAAGUGCAGACGGUUCUGUCGUGGCUGUCAGAAUCCACAUCUGCGUUUGUGGAUGCCAAGGCCCCUGAUCACACACUCGCUUGGGCUCAAUUUACUGUCAGCACAACUGUGCGCAAGAACCUAGAAGGACCUGACCAAUACUUUCAGAAUUAUGUGGACAACUAUGACUGGUUAGUCAAUGGAACCGCUCAGACACGAGUUGAGACUUUUGUGGAAGAAACUCACUCGUUUGCUGACUAUAUUGAGCAAGUGGAAGAAUUCCGUGACUUGUCGAGGAAGCUUAGCAACCUUCCUCCAAAGGUGCACUUUCCAAUGGUCCAAUUGUAUUGUGAGGAUCUCAACCAGGGACUGUCCCAAAAAGCCAAAACAUGUGCUGAAAUACUCAUCAACAACAUGAAAGCUAAACACACUCAGCAAAAUUUACAGAUCAUCUCUGAUUUUGAAGCCAUCAAAGAAAAUGCUUUGAAUGUACCAGAGACUACAGAUGAAAUGGCCAAAAUGAUUGAAUACAUUGAAACAACUAAGACACAGAGUAUUGCACUUCUUCAUGAAAAGAUAAAGAAAGCUCACCACAGAUUGAGCUUUCUCCUGGAUGUCCACAUACUUGAACCUGAAGACCUCCAACUUAAUUCAACUGUCUUCAUGUGGCCACUGAGAAUCCAAAAAGUGUUUGAACUCAAUGAUCAGGUUUUGCAGGAAGCCAAGAGGAAAGGGGAGAAGGAGAUGGUUGCCAAAAGGGAAAAGGUCACCAUUCAUCUGGCCAAGCUGCAACGAAGGGUUGACGAGUUCCAUCACUGUUCUGAGCUUGAUAUGAUGCAGCAGUACUUAACCGAAGUCAAGACAGUUCAGAACCUUCUUCAGGAGGCUGAGGAAACAAUCAGUGACAUCCACAAAGACGAGAUGUUUCAUCAGUGGGAGCAAACAUAUUACCCAGAAGUGGAGGUCAUCAGAGAAAAUGUUGAACAGUACCAGAAGUUGUUUGGACUGCUACUAAAGUGGCAACGCGCAAAGAGCAGCUGGAUGGAUGGCUCUUUUGCGGAUCUAGAUGGUGAGGGUAUAGAGGUAAAAGUGGAUGAAUUCUUCAGGGACACUGUCAAGAUGUUGAAGCACUUCCAUCUGAAAAAGAGCAAGAGUAAACAGGAUACUAAAAAAACAACAAGACUGUCCAGAAAACAGCAUGGUGAAGAAGUUACAAACAUGUAUGAAAGUCCUUCACUUUUGUGCUCCACCGUAUUAGAGCAGGUCAAAGAGUUCAAGGAGCACAUCCCGUUAGUGACAGUUCUGUGUAAUCCGGGCAUCAGAGAUCGCCACUGGAAGCAGAUGUCAGUGAUCGUUGGGUAUGACCUCAUUCCUGACGCUGGUACAACGCUGCGCAAAUUUCUCAAACAAAACUUGACUCCUUACCUGGAAAAGUUUGAAUCAAUCAGUGCUUCUGCUAGUAAAGAGUUUUCCAUGGAGAAAGCCAUGAAAAACAUGGUGACUGUUUGGGAUAGUGUUUCUCUCCAACAUCAGCCUUACAGAGACACUGGUGUGUCCAUCCUGACUGCUUUGGAUGAAGUCCAGGCGAUUUUGGAUGACCAAAUUGUGAAAACUCAGACAAUGAAAAGUUCACCUUUCAUCAAGCCCCUUGAGAAUGAGAUCAAGAUUUGGGAGGAGCGUCUUCUUCGUAUCCAGGAAACCAUUGAUGAGUGGCUCAAGGUGCAGGCACAAUGGCUCUACCUUGAGCCCAUAUUCUGUUCUGCCGACAUCAUGCAGCAGAUUCCGGAAGAAGGGCGACUCUUCCAAAUCGUUGACAAAAACUGGAAGGAGAUUAUGCAGCACUGCGUUCAAGACUCAAAGCUCCUGGAGGCAACAUCAAUGCCUGGGCUACUAGAGAAACUACAAGAGUCCAACUACCACCUGGACACCAUCAUGAAAGGACUAAAUAACUAUCUGGAGAAAAAGCGUCUAUUUUUCCCAAGGUUCUUCUUUUUGUCCAAUGAUGAAAUGCUGGAAAUUCUGUCUGAGACCAAAGAUCCACUGCGUGUCCAGCCCCAUCUGAGGAAGUGCUUUGAGGGUAUUGCCAAGCUAGACUUCCUACCAAAUCUCGAUAUCCAGGCCAUGUACAGCAGUGAAGGGGAGCGUGUUGCUCUUAUUCAACUCAUAUCGACAGCUGAGGCCCAAGGAGCAGUGGAGAAGUGGUUGGUACAGGUGGAAGACUUGAUGAUUCGCAGUGUCAGAGAUGUAGUGGCUCUCUCCAGAACGGCCUAUGCUGAAGCCCCAAGGAAUCAGUGGGUGAAGGACUGGCCGGGACAGGUGGUCAUCUGUACCUCACAAAUGUUUUGGACCCUGGAGGUACAUGAAGCCAUUAGGGCAGGGCCUAAAGGUAUGAAAAACUACUUCCAGCAACUCCAGAUACAGCUGAAUGACAUUGUGGGUUUGGUGAGGGGGCAACUACCCAAACAAACACGAAUUACUUUGGGAGCACUUGUAACAAUUGAUGUCCAUGCCAGGGAUGUGGUUUUGGAACUCAUUGAGCAUGGUGUAGAGAAUGAAAGUGAUUUCCGAUGGCUAGCGCAGCUUCGUUACUACUGGAGCAACGAGGAUGUUCGAGUUCACAUCUUGAACUGCGAUGUUAAGUAUGCUUAUGAAUAUUUGGGCAACUCUCCUCGUCUGGUCAUCACCCCACUUACUGACAGAUGCUACAGAACGCUGAUUAGUGCUUUUUACCUAAAUUUGGGUGGGGCACCUGAGGGUCCAGCUGGAACUGGAAAGACAGAAACCACCAAGGAUCUAGCCAAAGCGUUAGCUGUGCAAUGUGUGGUCUUCAACUGUUCCGAUAGACUGGAUUAUCUUGCUAUGGGCAAGUUUUUCAAAGGAUUGGCUUCUUCUGGAGCGUGGGCUUGCUUUGACGAAUUCAACCGUAUCGAGCUUGAGGUCUUGUCUGUAGUGGCUCAGCAAGUCCUCUGCAUCCAGCGCGCUAUUGAGAUGAAGUUGGAGUACUUUGAUUUUGAAGGAACCAUGCUUAAACUCAACCCCAACUGUUUUGUGUCCAUCACAAUGAAUCCCGGUUACGCCGGGCGCUCCGAACUUCCGGACAACCUCAAGGUGUUGUUUCGAACAGUGACCAUGAUGGUCCCCAACUAUGCUCUGAUAGCAGAGAUCUCCCUCUAUUCAUGUGGAUUCCUCAAUGCCAAGCCUCUGUCAAUCAAGAUUGCGAUGACUUACAGGCUCUGUUCAGAGCAGCUCUCCUCUCAAUUCCAUUACGAUUAUGGCAUGAGAGCUGUCAAAGCUGUACUUGUGGCUGCAGGAAACCUCAAGCUCAAGUAUCCCGAUGAGAAUGAGGACAUACUGCUUCUGAGGUCUAUUAAAGACGUUAACGAGCCCAAGUUUCUUUCCCAUGAUAUUCCACUGUUCAUUGGCAUCACCAGCGAUUUGUUCCCUGGCAUCACCCUUCCGGAAGCAGGCUAUGAGUUGUUUUUAGAAGCUGCUACAGAGUGCUGCAAAAAACACAAUGUACAGUCAACACAAAUCUUCAUAGGGAAGAUGAUCCAGACAUAUGAGAUGAUGAUAGUUCGGCAUGGGUUCAUGCUCGUGGGCGAGUCAUUUUCCGGAAAGACCAAAGUGCUCCAUGUUCUAGCAGACACGUUGAUUGGAAUGAAUGAAAAAGGGUACGGAGAAGAAGAAAAGGUCAUCUUCAGGACGUUGAAUCCAAAAGCGAUUACUAUGGGACAGCUCUUUGGACAGUUUGAUCUUGUUUCUCAUGAGUGGACAGAUGGGGUUGUGGCCAACACAUUUCGUGAGUAUGCAUCAGCUGAAACACCAGAACGUAAAUGGGUAGUGUUUGACGGUCCCAUAGAUACAUUAUGGAUCGAAAGUAUGAACACUGUGCUGGAUGACAACAAAAAGCUCUGUCUAAUGAGUGGGGAAAUUAUUCAGAUGUCUAAUCAGAUGAGUCUCAUUUUUGAAGCAAAGGAUCUCUCACAGGCCUCUCCUGCCACAGUGAGUCGAUGUGGUAUGAUCUACAUGGAACCUUCCCAAUUGGGCUGGGAGCCUUUAGUGCUCUCCUGGAUGAACACACUUCCUGAAGUUCUGAAGAGUCCUGAAAAUAACAAUCUGCUGCUAGAACUCUUUCACUGGCUUCUGCCACCUUCCUUCAGGAUGGUGCGUAAACACUGCAGAGAAGUUGUGCCCACAACCAACUGGAACACAACUGUAUCAUUGUGUAGACUGUUUGAGAUGCUACUAACUGAGCCACUAAAGACAGAGAAAAAUGAUAAAACUAUACGCACCUGGAUCAUGGCAGCCUUUUCCUUCUCCCUGGUGUGGUCUGUGGGUGGCAGUUGUGAUUCAAAAAGCAGAGAGAUGUUUAGUGAGUUCAUUCGGGAUAUAGUGGCUGGGAAGUUGGCAGAUCAUCCAUUUCCUGAUAUCGUUGCCAAAUGGGAGUGCCCAGUGGAUGAGAAAGACCUUGUGUAUGACUAUUUCUACGAGUUUAAAGGAAGAGGCAAAUGGGUUCACUGGAAUGAUACCAUCAAAAACGUCACCCUCGGAGACAAAACCACCAAAGUGCAGGACAUCAUUGUUCCGACCAUUGACUCCGUUCGUUACACCUUCCUAAUGGACAUUUGCAUCACCUAUGGAAUGCCUCUGCUCUUGGCUGGCCCUACUGGCACUGGAAAAUCAGUGUAUGUCAUGGAGAAGUUGAUGAACGGUUUGGAUAAAGAGCUCUUUUUACCCCUCUCAAUCAAUUUUUCAGCCCGCACAACUGCCAACCAAACACAGAACAUUAUCAUGGCCAAAUUAGAUAAGAGACGGAAAGGUGUGUUUGGCCCUCCUAUGGGAAAGAAAUACCUCAUAUUCGUAGAUGAUGUGAAUAUGCCAGCGCUGGAACAGUUUGGAGCUCAGCCGCCUGUGGAGCUUUUUCGACAGUUUUUGGAUCACAAAAAGUGGUAUGACCUGAAGGAUACUUCUGGCAUCAAAUUAGUCGACAUUCAGAUCCUUACAGCCAUGGGUCCUCCUGGUGGCGGCAGGAAUGCUGUGACAUCUCGCUUCCUGCGCCACUUCAACAUUUUUAGCAUCAAUUCUUUCAGCGAUGAGACCAUGGUUCGCAUCUUCUCCUCUAUGGUUGCGUUCUAUCUAAAGAACAAUGAAUUUCCACCGGAAUAUUUCACUGUUGGCAGCCAAACGGUGACUGCAACCAUGGAAGUCUACAAGCAAGCCAUGGAGAACUUGCUCCCCACACCAGCUAAGUCUCAUUACACUUUUAAUCUGCGGGACUUCUCACGUGUUAUACAAGGGUGCCUGCUUGUGAAGAGCAAGUCUCUGGAGAACAAGCGCACUAUGAUCCGACUGUUUGUCCACGAGGUCUUUCGCGUCUUUUAUGACCGUCUGGUGGAUGACAAGGAUCGAGCUUGGUUCUAUCAGCUAAUGACCAAAAUCCUCAAAGAUCAUUUUAAUGAAGGCUUCAACCUGGUGUUUGAUCAUCUCAAACAAGGCAGGCUCCUGGUCGAACAAGACAUGCAAAGGCUACUGUUUGGCGACUACAUGAACCCUGACCUCGAGCCUGAUGAACGCUUGUAUGCCGAGGUGCCUUCUGUAGAAAGCUUUGCUGUAGUAGUGGAGUCAUGUCUUGCUGACUACAACCAGAUGAACAAGAGCUGCAUGAAUCUCGUCAUCUUUCGCUAUCUCUUGGAGCACCUGUCCCGUAUAAGCCGUGUGCUGAAGCAACCAGGAGGACAUGCUCUUCUCGUAGGAGUGGGAGGCAGUGGGCGCCAGUCCAUCACUCGUUUGGCUACUUUCAUUGCCAAGAUGAAUCUUUUCCAACCUGAGAUCUCAAAGAACUAUGGCAUGGUUGAGUGGAGAGAUGACCUCAAGAAGCUUCUCAUAGAUGUAGGGGUGAAAGGUCAAAGGAUCGUUUUUCUGAUUAGUGAUGCUCAGCUCACAGAUGAGGCUUUUCUUGAAGAUGUAAACAAUGUCUUGAACUCAGGAGAGGUGCCUAAUCUCUUUGCUACCGAUGAGAAACAUGAUAUCAUUGAGACAGUGCGCCCCAUUGCCCAAGCGAAGAAUAAGAGUGUGGAGUUGAGCUCUUUAACUCUGUUCAACUACUUUGUGGCACGCUGCAAGGCAAACCUGCACAUCGUUGUGGCCUUCAGUCCCAUUGGCGAAGCCUUUCGCAAUCGCCUGCGCCAGUUUCCGUCCCUUAUUAACUGCUGCACCAUUAACUGGUUUCAGCCUUGGCCGGAGGAGGCUCUUGAGCGGGUUGCCAAUUCUUUCCUGAAUCCAUUGGAAAUGAAAGAAGAUGAAAGGAAGGAAGUCAUAGUGAUCUGCAAGAUAAUUCAUACCUCUGCCAGUCAGCUUUCAGAAAGAUUCCUUGCUGAGUUAGGUCGCUAUAAUUAUGUGACACCCACGUCCUACCUGGAGCUCAUGGCAGCUUUCAGUCAGCUCCUCACGAUGAAAAGAGAUGCUGUCAUGAAGGCAAAAAAUAGAUAUACUAAUGGUCUUGAAAAAUUAGCCUUUGCCGAAUCUCAGGUUGGUGAGAUGAAACAAGCGCUGGUAGACUUACAGCCCAAACUUGAAGAGGCACAGAUGGAAAACGAUAAAAUGAUGAAGGUGAUCGCAGUGGAGUCUGUUGAGGUUGAAGCUACGAGUAAACUUGUACUUGUGGAAGAGGAGGCCACGGCUGUUCAAGCUGCCGAGGCACAAGCUCUGAAAGAUGAGUGUGAUAGUGAAUUGGCUGAAGCCAUCCCUGCUCUGGAGGAAGCAAUCGCAGCUUUGAAUACCUUAAAACCUGCUGACAUAACUGUUGUGAAGUCAAUGAAAAACCCUCCUGCUGGAGUUAAGAUGGUGAUGUCAGCUGUCUGUGUAAUGAAGGGAAUACCUCCAGAUAAAGUGGCAGAUCCUGCUGGGUCUGGAAAAAAGGCUUUGGACUACUGGGGUCCAAGCAAGAAGCUGCUAGGUGACAUGAACUUUUUAAGGGAUCUUAAAGAAUAUGACAAGGACAAUAUUCCUGAGGAAUCAAUGCAAAAGAUCCGUACUACCUACAUGACAAAUCCUGACUUCAACCCUGCUAAGGUGGCAAAAGCGUCCUCAGCAGCAGAAGGCCUUUGCAAGUGGAUCAAAGCAAUGGAGUCCUAUGACAGGGUGGUGAAGAUUGUGGCUCCUAAAAAGGCCAAGCAAGCAGAGGCUCAGGCCACUCUGGCUUCUGCCAUGGCCACACUCUCAGAGAAGAGAGCCCAACUCAAGGAGGUUAUGGACCGUUUAGCUGACCUGCAGAGAAUAUCUGCCGAGAAGACUGAGGAGAAGGCCAAGCUAGAAGCCCAGAGAGAUUUGUGUCAACAGAAGCUGGAGAGAGCUGAGAAACUCAUCGGUGGUCUUGGUGGGGAGAAAACAAGAUGGUCCAAGGCUGCUGAAGAUCUGCAGAGCAUAUAUGAAAACCUAACCGGGGAUGUUCUUAUCUCUGCUGGUGUCAUGGCCUACCUGGGCGCUUUCACCGCCAGCUUCAGACAGGACUGCAUCAGUCAAUGGAUCAAAUUGUGUCAAUCUAAAAACAUUCCAUCGUCAGAUGACUUCUCUCUGAGUAAGACCCUGGGAGAUCCCAUUCAGAUUAGGGCGUGGAAUAUCGCCGGUCUUCCUACGGACUCUUUCUCGAUUGAUAACGGUGUCAUAACGAGUAACUCACGUCGAUGGCCUCUGAUGAUUGACCCUCAGGGUCAAGCCAACAAGUGGGUAAAGAAUUCGGAGAAAGACAACAAGUUGCAGAUUAUCAAAUUAACGGAUGAUGACUACAUGAGAACUUUGGAAAACUGUAUUCAGUUUGGAAGCCCCUUACUGCUUGAAAAUGUAGGAGAGGAGUUGGAGCCUUCCCUGGAACCUCUUCUCCUCAAACAAACCUUCAAACAAAGUGGUGUGGAAUGUAUCAAACUGGGGGAAAGCGUGGUUGAGUACUCUCCGGAAUUCCGCUUCUACAUCACCACAAAGCUGAGGAACCCUCAUUAUCUACCAGAACUUGCCACGAAGGUGUCUUUGCUCAAUUUCAUGAUCACCCCAGAGGGCUUGGAGGACCAAUUGCUCGGGAUUGUGGUUGCCAAGGAAAGGCCAGAGCUUGAAGAGGAGAGAAAUGCACUCAUCUUACAGUCUGCUGCAAAUAACAGGCAACUAAAGGAAACUGAGGACAGGAUCCUUGAGACGCUAUCGUCCUCAGAAGGAAAUAUUUUGGAGGAUGAGAGUGCCAUUCAGGUGCUCGACUCUGCAAAGAUCAUGUCCAAUGAGAUUACAAAGAAACAGAAGAUUGCAGAGGAGACGGAGAUCAUGAUAGCCGAGUCCCGAGAGUGUUACAGAUCUAUUGCCAAGCACUCGUCUGUCCUGUUCUUCACCAUUGUUGACCUGACCAACAUAGACCCAAUGUAUCAGUACUCUCUCACCUGGUUUGUCAACCUCUAUAUAAACUCCAUCCAAGACAGCAAAAAGUCCAAGAUCUUGGAAAAGAGGGUCAUGUACCUGGUCGAUCACUUCACCUACAACUUGUUCUGCAAUGUCUGUCGGUCUCUCUUUGAGAAGGAUAAACUUCUCUUCUCUUUCAUCCUCUGCUGCAACCUACUUCUGGCAAAGGGUGAGAUUGAGUACCCCGACCUGCUCUUCUUGAUGACGGGAGGUGUGGGCCUGCAGAACACCCUUGCUAAUCCUGAUCCUAGCUGGCUGCAAGAGAAGAGCUGGGAUGAGAUUUGUCGAGCCAACGAGCUUCCUGGCUUAAAAGGAAUCAAAGAUACAUUUAUUGCAAGCCCAGAGCUUUUCAAGCCUGUUUUUGAAAGCAGAGAUCCUAGUGGUGUUCCUUUGCCCUCACCCUGGGAUGAAAAACUGAAUGAACUGCAGAAGAUGAUCAUUGUCCGUUGUCUCAGGCCUGACAAGAUUGUGCCAGCUGUGCACAGAUAUGUGAUAAGUAAGAUUGGGAAGAAUUUUGUUCAGCCGCCUCCCUUUGACCUGAGCAAGAGCUACAAUGACUCCAACGCCACCAUCCCGCUUGUGUUUGUGCUUUCCCCUGGUGCCGAUCCCAUGGCUAGCUUACUGAAGUUUGCUGGUGACAAGGACAUGGGUGGGGCCAAUUUCCAGUCCAUUUCUCUGGGGCAAGGCCAAGGACCCAUUGCUUUCAAAAUGAUCUGUACAGCCAUGCAGAAUGGGACGUGGGUGUGUUUGCAAAAUUGUCAUCUGGCUGUUUCCUGGAUGUCCACCCUGGAGAAGAUCUGCGAGGACUUUAGUCCCGCAACAUGCCACGAAGACUUCCGACUUUGGCUCACAAGCUACCCUUCGCCCAAGUUUCCAGUGACGCUUCUGCAGAACGGGGUCAAAAUGACAAACGAGCCGCCAACAGGACUACGAUUAAACAUACUGCAGUCGUACAUGUCAGAUCCUGUUUGUGACCAAAACUUCUUCAAUAAUUGCCCAAAUAAAGAACUGGUCUGGGAAAAGCUCUUGUAUGGCCUGUGCUUCUUCCAUGCACUCGUUCAGGAAAGAAGGAAGUUUGGCCCACUCGGCUGGAAUAUUCCGUAUGGCUUCAAUGAGACUGACCUUCACAUAAGCAUCAGACAGCUCCAGUUGUUUAUCAAUCAGUACGAUGAAGUGCCUUUUGAGGCCAUUACUUACCUGACCGGAGAGUGCAACUAUGGAGGCCGCGUCACCGACAACUGGGAUCGGCGCCUCUUGAACACCAUGUUGGCUGACUUCUACAACAGGGAUGUUGUGGAUAAGCCUUCAUUUCCUUUUUCACUUAGCGGUGACUAUGUUACACCCCCCAAAUCUUCCUACGAUGACUACCUUCAGUUUAUCAAGGAACUUCCACUCACCCAACACCCAGAAAUUUUUGGGAUGCAUGAAAAUGUGGACAUUUCAAAGGACCUACAGCAGACCAAGCUGCUGUUUGAUUCGUUGCUUCUCACCCAGGGAGGAGGCUCGAAGGGGGGAGGUAGCUCUGGGAGUGACAAUGUGCUGUACGAUAUAGCCAGUGACAUCCUCAAUAAGACCCCAAAUAACUUUGACCUCGAAGUAUCUCUUAUGAAGUACCCGGUGCUCUACGAGGAGAGCAUGAACACUGUGCUUGUCCAAGAAAUGGAGCGCUACAACACGCUUUGUAGUACCAUCCGUGUUAGUCUUCAGAACCUGCUGAAGGCCCUCAAGGGUUUAGUGGUGAUGGAUGCAGAGCUGGAGGGAAUUGCAAAUAGUCUGGCGGUGGGCAAGGUUCCAGAGCAAUGGGCCAAACGCUCGUACCCGAGCCUCAAGCCCCUGGGCAGCUACAUUAAUGACUUUCUAGCAAGGCUCAAGUUUUUGCAGCUUUGGUUCGACAAUGGCAAGCCCAGUGUGUUUUGGCUGUCGGGAUUCUUCUUCACCCAGGCUUUUCUAACGGGAGCUACGCAGAACUACGCCAGGAAAUACAAUAUUCCAAUUGACCUGUUGGGCUUUGAUUUUGAGGUUCUAGCAGUUGAUCAGUCAAACACACCUCCAGAAGAUGGUGUCUACACUAAUGGGUUGUUUCUUGAUGGAGCUCGAUGGGACAAAGAAAGUGGGAUCUUAGCAGAGCAGUACCCCAAAAUCCUAUUUGACACAGUGCCCAUUAUCUGGAUCAAACCAACAAAAAACAUCCCAGAUGAAUCUGACAGUCGCUACCUUUCUCCUCUCUACAAGACAAGCGAGAGGAGGGGCAUCCUCUCUACAACGGGACACUCCACCAAUUUUGUCAUUCCAAUAUUGUUGCCCACCGCCAAGCGCCCGCAGCACUGGAUCAAACGCGGUGUGGCACUACUCUGUCAGCUUGAUGACUGACAGAAAAAGAAAAAGAAAGAGAAACACAGGAGGUUGUAUAGGAUAGAUUAUACCCAUCAAAGACCCUUAAUCACAAAGGGAAUGACAAUGUCAUGCAACUUGGAAUAACUAUAAUAUAUACGAUAAAACUGAAGUGUUUACCAUGUGACUGAA